AUGCUAAGUAGUAGGUUACCACCUCCAAAACACUCACAACGACAGAUUUCGAGUACCUUGAGCUCAGAUCGUGUUGAGCCGAAAAUAUUAACUAAUCAAAUCGCCAAAAACAUUAAGCUUGAUGAUUUUAUUCCGAAGAGACAAUCUAAUUUCGAACUAUCGGUACCUCUUCCGACCAAGGCAGACAUCCAGGAAUGUACGGCAAGAACCAAGUCGUACAUCCAACGGCUAGUCAAUGCGAAAUUGUCGAAUUCAAACAAUAGGGCAUCGUCGAGAUAUGUCACCGAAACGCAUCAGGCACCCGCUGAUUUGAUAUUGAACAAUGGCCGGCAUAUUGAAGUUGUUUCUAAGCAGAUGGACCCAUUAUUGCCAAGGUUUGUUGGGAAAAAGGCUAGAAAGGUAGUUGCACCCGCGGAAAACGAUGAAGUGGUGCCUGUUCUUCAUAUGGGUGGCAGCAAUGAUAAAGAAGAAGCUGAUCCAAAUGACUGGAAGAUACCUGCUGCGGUAUCGAACUGGAAAAACCCCAAUGGUUAUACCGUGGCCUUGGAAAGACGUGUAGGUAAAUCCUCUAACAAUGAGAGUAAUAUUAAUGAUGGGUUUGCGAAGCUUUCUGAGGCGUUGGAAAAUGCUGACAAGAAGGCAAGGCAAGAGAUCAAGUCCAAAAUGGAAUUGAAAAGGAUUGCCAUGGAACAAGAAGCACUGGCUAAAGAAUCUAAGUUGAAAGAGUUGAGUCAGCGCAGCAGGUAUCACAAUGUGUCCUCUCAAACGGGGGCAGUAGUGAAACCUAAGAAGCAAAUGAGUACAGUGGCAAGACUAAAGGAGCUGGCAUACUCCCAAGGAAGGGACGUGUCUGAAAAGGUAAUUCUGGGCGCAGCAAAGCGUUCAGAACAACCGGAUCUACAAUAUGAUUCAAGAUACUUCACAAGAGGUGCAAACGCUUCCGCUAAAAGACAUGAGGACCAGGUUUACGAUAGCCCACUUUUUGUCCAGCAGGACAUUGAAAGUAUAUAUAAGACCAACUACGAACAGUUGGAUCAAGCAGUUAAUCUCAAAAGCAAAGGUGCUAAUGGUUCUCAUGGCCCCAUCCAAUUCACGAAAGCUGAAUCCAACGAUAAACCAGAAGACUACGGAGCUCAGAAUGAGCAGUAG